AUGCUCGAAUGCGGAGGACUCGACACUUUUACUUGUACUGUGUCACUCCCUCGUCUCAAGCUUGAAGACAUAUGGUAUGAUUAUGAUCCUUUCAUCGUAGAGAAGAUCAUUGAAGGCUCUCCUGCUCUCAAGGAGCUUUCUGUGAAUAGUCCCAGUCCUAUACUUGUUGAACUUUCCAAAGUAGCUGUUGAGAAGGAUCUCCGCAUGCGGUCUAAGACUCUAAAAAUAUUUCGUCUCGUGCUUGGGAAAACUCGGGGUGGUAAAAAUUCUUCUGUUGAGAUUGAUGCUCCAAGACUCGUGUAUACGAGUCUUAGAGAUCACCAAUCUGAUAGAAUUUUGGUGAAGAACUUGAGCUCCUUGUUCAUAGUCGAGAUUGAUAGUACAUUUAAUGUCAGUUCCAAUCCUUUCGAACCGGUGUCUUCAAGAAAGAAAGAUGCUAUCAGUGAUUUUUACGUGGGUAUUUCUGUUGUAUGA